CCAAACCCCCUCUUCCUUAACCUUGUAAACAAUUAACAUCCCUCCUUUCAAGUUUCAACUCUCUCUCUCUCUUGGAAAUGUCUCAAAUCACAAUAAAAUCUCCAAAACACUGUGCAACAAAGCAAGGAUUCAAAAUUGAAAGAAACUACAAGAAGCUCUAUUUUGCUUUCUCAGCAUCUUUCACCACAAUCCUACUACUCUUACUUCUUAUCUGGUUCAUUCUCCACCCUUCAAAGCCUCAAUUCUCCCUCAAAGAAGUUGAUAUCUACCAAUUUAACCUCUCAGGACCAAUGCUUAACUCUUCAAUCCAACUCACUCUCUUAUCCAAGAAUCCAAACCAGAAAGUUAGCAUCUACUAUGAUGAGUUUCAAGUUUAUGCAACCUACAAGGGACAAAGGAUAACAGGUGAUUCCUCUGUGCCUCCAUUCUACCAAGGGAAUGAAGAGAGUAAUCUCUUAACAGCAUCUUUGAUUGGGAAUGGCUUACCAGUGGCACCAUCUCUUGGUUAUGAAGUAGGCCGUGAUCAAAUUAAUGGAAGACUAGUUUUGAAUCUCAGAGUUAUUGGGAAGCUUCGUUGGAAGAUUGGAACUUGGGUCUCUGGACAUUACAGGUUCAAUGUUAAUUGUGUUUCUGUCAUGGCCUUUGGACCUUCUAUGCUUGGUGCUCCUCUGAUUUCAGCACAAGGGGCUCAGUGUUCUACCACAGUUUAAACAGAUAAUAAUGUGAUAUAGUAUUGAUAUCUUAGAGCUUUUCAAGUUUUCUUUUUUUAAUUUCAGAUAAUGAUUGGCUUUGUGUCAAGAAAGUGUUUUGCAGUCACUAAGUGAUUUUGUAAAUAAAAUAUAUGAAUGAUAGGACCAAAACUUGUUACAACUUGUGAGUGAUAAUGAAAAAGGAUGCAUAUUACUAUA